AUGGGAGUGAAUCUUAUACUGCCGUUCUGUUUGAUCCUUAGCUAUGUUGUUGUAACAUUAGAGAUCCAUAAUUCAUCCGGCGGCAUUGUAGGUUUUGCCUUUUACAAAGGUGGCCACAAAACACGUCGACCUAGAAAAUCUUCAUGGUCGCCGGAUGAAAGCUCACGUUUGGCUGAUCUAGAGCAUAGUAUUGCUUCAGAUAUGCCGGAAGAUGACCAUGAUAUUGAACCUGAGCUAACUAUCGACCGUUCCUUAGGUGCGUCAUUCAGCUCGAUAGAGAUUCCAUCAAGGAAAUCAUGUGGCGACGUUUCAGUUACAAAUUUAUCAUCUCCAGCGGGAUCAUCUAGCCGUAGAAAACGUGUUAUGGAAGACGAUAGCGAUGUUUCCACGGAUAUCGCAGAGGAUUCUGCCGACUUACUAGGGGAUGUUACAGAAGACGACACGACAGAUGUGUUUGUGGAUACCUUAAAGGCUGCGGAGAAAUGGGAGUGCGACGAAAACCGGUUUCGUAAUCCUAUCGGUGAGGUGUUGGACAACAUCACCGACAAAGAGAUGGUCGAGCGUGCGGAGGAGGAGUUAAAAAGAGAGCGUCAGGAAGGUCCUAGUAUGAAAGAGUUGCUUGCGAGUUUGGAGGAGCCACGUACUACCAAACCCGAUGACGAAUGGAAAGGUUUAAUUCAACAAUUUGAGAUAGAGGCGGAUACCACCCACUGUGUCGGUUGCGGUAUCCGCCUGCAAAGUGGCAACCCUGGUAAUCAGGGCUUUGUAGCUCCCGCCGUUCUCACUUCGUUAAAAGAUUCAGACGAUCGUCCUCGAUGCCAGCGUUGUGCCAGUAUGCGUAGUGGCCUUAUCUUCAAUGACACGUCUGUAGCUGUGGGUGACAGUGCUUCUUCAGCUGCACGUGAGACUGUCGCCAUACUACGUAACGCCUUAUCACUGAGUGCUACCCGUCAUGUGACAGUUGUAUAUGUGUUGGAUGUUUUAGACAUGCAUUUUGAGCGCGGGUUGGCGGAUUUAAUAACUGCACGUCGUGAGAAACGAAAAGCUGAUACUCAUUUUUACAUUGCGCUUAAUAAGGUCGAUUUGCUGCCGCCACACAGUCGAAGACGUAUUAUAAUGUAUGUCCACCGUUUCAUCAAUUCUAAGGCUCCUGAAUUGCGUAUCAAACCUAGACACAUAUUCCUCAUGAGUUCUCGUAAUGGUAGUGGUGUUAACCUUUUUCUGAGUGUGUUAUUGGAUGAAGCAUACCGUAAUCGCAGCAAGGUAUUCUUUGUUGGUGCCACUAACGCUGGCAAAUCAACUUUCAUCAAUCGUUUAUCUAGUUUUGUCAGCGAUGGUGACGCUAAGUCGGUAAAGGCCCCGUUGCUUUCUACGAGCGUGGUUCCUGGUACUACACUGCGUCCGUUACGCAUCGAUGCUGGACCCGGUUUUGAGUUAUUUGACACUCCUGGUAUAGUGGUCAAUGACUCCUUUACUUCUUACCUCACUGCCAAUGAGUUGAAGGUUGCGGUUCCGUCGUCUUUGGGUUUAACUAAGCCUUUAAGGGUUGGCGCAGGUCAUACCUUGCUUUUGGGUCAAUUCGCGCGUAUCGAUAUAUUGGAAGGUCGUCCCUUUUUCUUCACGCCAUAUUUCUCUAAACAUAUCCAAGUUUCUGUUAUGCGUACAGAUCGUUUGUCAGUAUAUUUGUCGAAGCGACCUUUUGGUGACACCCGAGUGUUCUACAGUCGUGACUCUUGGACAGAGUUGUCCGACGAGUCACGGGGUGACCCGAGCGAGAUGGAGGUCCACUCCUCUAUCGAUAGAACUUCUGAAAAUGCCACUGAUGGCCUUAGUACCAUAAAGCGUUAUGUGGACGUGCGUGGUAUUGGUUGGGAGCAGGCUACUGCUGACCUUUGUUUCAAGGGUCUUGGUUUUAUAACCCUUGCCGGGGCACUUGAACUAUCUCUUUGUGUAGAGACUUUAUCAGGUGUUGGUGUCUAUAUGCGUGAGCCUUUAAUGCCAUUUGACUCGAUACCUUUUGCGCGUCGUAGGAUCCUACGCAAGUAG